AUGUACGCCGUGGGGCGCCCUCAUCCGCUGCGACUUCAGGCGCGGGAUUUUCUAAUAGAAGCAAUGCGAAACCGCACACCGCUGUUCACAUCGGCGGAGGUUUUGCAAGAGCUGGCGCAUGCAUACCUUCCGGCCGGAAGGCUGGCGACUCUCGAUGCUGCGAUGACUCUGGUCGUGCGUUGUGGCGCGGAAGUGUGGCCUCUGGAAGCAGAGGAUGUCACACUGGCGCGCCAACUGCAUGAACAGUAUCCAACGCUGUCGGCCCGCCAUCUGUGCCAUCUUGCGAGCUGCCGCAGACGUGGCGAAAGCGAGAUAAAGACAUUCGAUCGAGCGUUCAAUUCCGUAUUGGGCUGA